CUUCGUCCUGGAGCGAAACCGCGUCCUCUAUAACUCUAUUCUUUAAGGGGAACUUGGAUGUCAGUAAUUGGUAUUAAUCUCCGUUCGGUUGUUAGAUCGGGCCGGUUGGAAGAGGCGAAUAGGAGGCUAUUUCGGCCUGACUCGGUCGCACCGGUGGGUGUUCGUGCCCUCCUCUCCUCGGCGCUUUCUUCGGCCCCGUCUUCCUCCCCGCUGCUCCUCACCCUCCCGCCCCACUUCUUCCGAGGAUUCCAGAGAUCGGAGGAGGCGGGGAACCCUCGAAAGAUCUCAUUUUUGGGGCUGGAGAUGGAUUUGAGUCGAAGCGUCUCCUUGCGGGCGGCUCUCUUCAUGUGUUUCGUGGGAUUGGCAGCUGCUUCUACCUUCAUCUCAGAUGAUGUGUUCCAAUGUCAUGGACCUACGGGUCGGAGUUUGCUGCAGACGAAAAAGAGUUGCCCUGUGAACUUCGAGUUCCUGAAUUACACAAUUAUCACGAGCAAGUGCAAGGGGCCCCAGUAUUCUGCUAAGCUCUGCUGUGGUGCUUUCAAAGAAUUUGCAUGCCCUUAUGCUGAAGAAUUGAAUGAUAGCACCAACGAUUGCGCAUCAACCAUGUUCAGUUACAUUAAUCUCUAUGGCAAAUACCCGCCAGGCCUGUUUGCCAGUGAGUGCCGUGAAGGCAAAGAAGGGCUUGCCUGCCCUUCUGGCUCUUCAAAGUCACAGGAUGAAAACGUUGCAAAUGCUGGCCAUGUAAAUCGGAGCCUCACCUUUCUUAUUGUGUUGGUGUCUGGAAUGGUUCUAGCGCUUGUGCUCUCUUGAAGUCGGGAGCUGUAUAUGUCUCUGGAAGCUGCAUUGUUGCAGUCUGUUUGAAUGGAUGUUCUGUUUUCGGAGUUCAGGCCAAUUAAUUUCGUAGUGAUGUUAAGGGCAUUGGGUUCCUGGACAUAUGUAUUAUUUUUCUUACACUAACACUUGUAAGUCUGUUGGUGUGUUCCUUUUGUUGCUGGCAGUACAAAAUGUAAUUCUAAGUUAUAUGUAUGGAACCAAAGACAAUAUAUUGCUCCCAACUUUUGAAUAUGGUAUUGGUGUUUUUCUUU